AAGGUAACAACAUAGCAUACACUUGUCAGUUAUCUUUAUCUCUUUUCAUCGUGAAUUAAGAUAUACUUUGUUCUCUCCUCAAUUGUGAUAUCACUCAAAAAUGGCAAAAGCAAAUGCUAAGAACAAAUCCCCCUCCACCGCGCUCCACCCUCCUUACUUCGAGAUGAUCGCAGAUGCAAUAGCAACGUUGAAAGACCGCACGGGUUCGAGCCAACCAGCAAUAGCCAAGUUCAUCGAGGAGAAGCACAAUAAAGUGCUUCCUCCCAACUUCAGGAAACUGCUCUCGCUUCAGUUGAAGAAAUUCGUCAAAUCAGAAAAGCUCUACAAGGUCAAAAACUCCUACAAGCUUUCUUCUUCACUGGAACACCAAACUCAGAAGACCAAAACCACGCCUAAGCAAAAGGGUGGCGAGAAGAUUGCGGAGAAGACCAAGAGGCUGAGUCAGGUGAAGACACCGGAAGCUCUCAAGAAGAAAACCACCAACAACAGCAACAAAAAGAAAAAGGAAGUAACUAAGAAGAAAACAUCCUCAGGAGGAAAAGUAAAGCGUUUGAGUCAAGUGAAGACUCCUGAAGCUUUGAAGAAGAAGAAGCCCAAUUUGACCCCUACGAAACGCAAGAGUACUCCUAAACCCAAUAACUCUUCCAGGCCCAUUAGGAAAGCUAGGAAAUGAAACCACUUGUGUGUUUGUUAAUGGCAUAUAGCCUAAUCUAAAUACCUAUUUAUAUGCAUAUAGAACUCGUGUAAUGGGUUAGAUUUGUUUCUUAGUUCUGUUUCCCUUCAGUGGAUUAUUGUUAUAAUCAACUUAUGACUGUGUCCAAUGCCAAUGUGCUACUUUUCUAUGCUUAUUGUAGUUUAUGAUCGAUGUUUGCGUUUGUUUUAGUCCAAAAAUUGUCCUUAAAUUAAUCUGAAUUGUCUGUUUUGGUACAAGUAGAUCAGGGAUAGGCGAACAUGAAACAUGUCAUAACAUUACUAAUUAUUUGCAAGGU